AUGGUCACCACCGCAGACACCGAACAUGACCAAGUGAGCGAAUUGAGAGCAUUCGAUGAGACUAAGGCUGGAGUCAAAGGCCUUGUAGAUGCCGGGAUCACCCAAGUCCCCCACAUAUUUGUCCGGCUGCCUGACAGCAUGGCCUGCAGUGAUGAUCGCGUGGACAUCCCGGUGAUCAACCUAGGAUGCGCAAAUGCAGGCCCCGCCUGUCAUAAGGAGACAGUGCAGAAUAUCGGGCAAGCAAUGGGAAAAUGGGAUUUCGUCCAGGUGAUCAACCAUGGGGUCCAUGAGAGCCUCUUGGAGGAGGUGAUAGAGGGUCACGCAGGUUCUUUGAGCAGAAUACAGAGGCCAAGAAAGGAUCAUACACCAGAGAUUUUACGAAAGGGUCAUGUACAACAGCAACAUGCCCUUUAUAAUUCGAUAGCCGCUGAUUGGAGGGACAGUAUAUUUUGCUCCAUGGGACCAGAGCCCCCCAGCCCCAGUAGUUGCCCGAAGCUUGCAGUCAAAUUGGAGGACUUCAAGCGCUUCAUGAAAACAAGUGGAUCUAACGUUCCUCCAAUAGCUGGAGCGCUAAUGAUCAACAUCGAAGAUCUUUUGGAGCUCAUAAUGAAUGACCAGUUUAAGAGUGUCGAGCACCGAGUCAUGGCAAACAAGAGAGGCCCGAGAGUGUCAGUGGCGUGCUUUUUCGGCCACACUCCUCAGCCAUCUUCAAGGCUGUAUGGACCCAUCAAGGAAUUAACACCAGCAGACAACCCACCAAUCUACAACGAGACUACACUACCAAACUACACUGCCCAUUACAUUUCCCAGGGUGUACGUGGAACUUCUGCCCUUCCUGAUUUCAAGCUGUAG